UUGACGGUGACGGCUGUUGGCCGAGGAGAACGCAGUGAACUUGUUAUUCCAUUUGAAAGUAAAUUAGUUUCUGUUAAAAGAUUUAAGUUAAUGAAGACUGUGUGAAAAUCAUUACCAUGUUAAGUCAAACUUCUACUGAGGCGUUGCUCUCAGCAACUUACGUAGAAAAUUACUUAGAUUGUGUUGAAAAUCUUCCGAAUGACCUGCAACGACAUUUAUCGCGUAUGCGUGAGCUUGACGUAACAUACAGAGAAUGUCUACGUGAUGCGGAAAACCACCUGGCUGUUUGCAUCAGUUUGAACACAGAGGAGCGUCGUCGCACCAGAGCUGCCAUCAGACUUCAAGCGGCGCUGGUUGCAGCCAAGGAGAUAGGAGAUGAGAAGUUGCAGGUGGUCCAGUUAUUGCAAGACUUAAUUGAUAACAAGCAGAGGUCUCUUGAUGGAGAUCGGAAGAAACUAGUUUCUUGCCUUGACGUGAACACAAAUGGUACAGUUAAAGAAGAGCCCACAACACCUUCGGAGUCCCAUCGGAGCGGAGACAAGGACAGCUCUCCGCUGCCAGCACAACACUCCACCCCCGCACCGACCGCUGAACGCGCACCUGAGAAAGAGAAGGAGAAAGCUGAUCGAGAUAAGAGUGGAGGGGAGAGAUGGUCGAAACGCGCUCGCAGGUCGCGUGCCGCGGCCGGCGGCGCCACCGACGGGGCCGACUCCAGCGAGCGCGACAGCGAGCGGCCGCAGCACAACACGCACCAGAAGAAAGGCAUGGGCAAGAAAAAGAAGCGCAAAGCCCGCCAAGCGGCGCAGCGCUCAGAGACGCCGCCCGAAGAAACGGAUGCCAUUGACCCCGACGAGCCCAGAUACUGCCUCUGCGACCAAAUCUCCUUCGGCGAGAUGAUUCUAUGCGACAACGACCUCUGCCCCAUAGAAUGGUUCCAUUUCUCCUGCGUCUCCUUAACAACCAAGCCGAAGGGGAAGUGGUUCUGUCCUAAAUGCCGCGGGGACCGGCCGAACGUCAUGAAACCUAAAGGACAAUUCCUGAAAGAACUGGAACGGUAUAACAGGGAGAAGGAAGAGAAGGCAUAGUGUUAAGUGAGUUAAUUGAGAAUGACAAGGAUGUGAAGCAGCAAUAAAGGCUGAUUUGACCGCUAAUAUUGAUCACUUGUUACAUUUAGUGCAAUGAAAGAUAGUACACAUUUUUAUCAUAAUGAUCCAGUGAUUGAGCCAAACCAUAUAAUAAUUAUAUACACAUGAAAUUGACUGAAGCGCUGACAGUACACACAAUUCUACAUUCUUUAAGAAAUAUGCUAAGAGACAAUCUUACGGGACUAAAACAUUUUGUAGCACAUUUCAAAAGUAACACAAAUGGGCACUAAAUUCGUGAUUCUGAGACUAUUUUUCAUAGCAUGCUAUCUGCAGUCUCAAUUUUGAACGUAAUAAUGAUUGAUAUAAAAAAUUUAACACAUUGCAUAAUGAACGACAUGACAUAAAAUAUGCAGCGAGUGUUAAAUAUUAGUGUAAUGAUCACUGUAAAGGCAGCAUUCAGUUCGACACAAUCGGAAAUCAAACAGCCUACUGCCAUCCUAUCUUUAUUGUAAAAAUUUCAAAGAUGCGAAGCAAGUCUCAACUGCUGGGAAAAAGAAAACAUAUUUACUCUACUCUAGUCCUUUGCUGGUCUUACAGAGUAGUAAAAGAUGAAUGUUAGGAUUCUUCAGUUUUCCGAAAUGUUUGAAACCAUUCUCAUUAAAUCCAUACACAGAGAGUAUUAUUAUGUAAAUGUGAUUUCAAUUUGUAAAAAUUAUUUGCUUACAAGUAAGUUGUACCCGAGUACACAAAUAAAAAUAAAUUAUUUAGAAGAAUCUCUAUGUUUCAAAUUAUAAUGAAGUUAAAAGGGACAUUUCUAUUGAAUUUUAUUUGAUAAAAAGUGUCGUUACGACUCCAAUAGAUGUAUAUAUAAUUGUAUUUUCUUAUUAUUAUUGUGAAUUGAAUAACGCAUUAAUGCGUCGACAACUAUUGUACAUAGCCACGGGGCUAUAUUUCGUAUUACAAAAAAUUCAUAUUUUAAAAAACUUCUCUUUAUUUCAUUGUUUAGUCUUCUCUUCUCAAGAAAUUACAAAAAAUUUGAUCUAAUAAUUAGCUCACUUCUUACUAUGUCAAGAUGGUUAGCUGCUCUCAACAAUACAUAAAAAAUCCUAUUGGUCAUUGUAAUCUAAAUCUCAAAACUUUGGACGAAUUUACUCUUAAAUAGUCACAGUGGACUUUCAUUAGUCUUUUGUGUUCACUAGCGUAGACUCAGUGUUAUGAUAACGGAAAAUACUUUCCAUUUUCUGAAGCUUUUAUUCAUAUAAGUAACGAAUGGUCUUAUGGUUGGUUAUGAUAGUUGUUGCGAGGCGCAGAGCGAUUACGCACAUUCAUUCAGCAUCCUACAAUGUGAUACUCGUUUUAUUCAUAAUUUAAAUUGAUGUAAAUAAAUGUAAGGCGAAUCAAAUGCGCGUAGUCUGCUCUCCCUUUGAAUUUUGUUUGUAUGGAUAAGUUAAAUAUAAGUUUUAAGAAUUGUA